GACAGUAUCCUGAAUGCCAACUAAAAGCGUAAAAUAGACCCAUCGCAUAUAGCUGCCGCACAGAUGGUUAUCUGGUUUAACAUAUCGCUAGUAUCGUGUACAGCUGAUUGUGGUUUUUGAGGAAUAACCUGUUAAAGAAAUCAACAUGGCGGCCACCUUGAUACUUCUGAGGGGGAGAACCUGUCCUGGCUUCUGUGUGCUUCUGCACCAGCGGAAAUGGACCUGUGGCCCCAAACUAAUCAGAUAUGCUUCAGAAACAGGAAGAAGUAAAAUCGAGAAAGUCCUCAUUGCAAACAGAGGGGAGAUUGCCUGCAGGGUGAUGCGCACUGCUAAGAAGAUGGGUGUACGGUCUGUAGCAGUUUACAGUGAAGCAGACAGGAACACUAUGCAUGUCUCCUUGGCAGAUGAAGCAUAUUUAAUUGGUCCGGCUGCUUCACAACAGAGUUACCUUGCUAUGGAUAAAAUAUUGCAAGUAGCAAAGAGGUCAGGAGCACAGGCUAUUCACCCUGGUUAUGGUUUCCUCUCUGAAAAUACUGAAUUUGCAGAACUGUGUAAGAAAGAGCGCAUCAUUUUUAUUGGUCCACCUUCAUCUGCUAUUCGGGAUAUGGGGAUUAAGAGCACUUCAAAGGCAAUUAUGUCUGCAGCUGGUGUUCCAGUUAUUGAAGGCUACCACGGUGAGGACCAGUCUGACCAGCACCUUAAGGAACAGGCUGGGAAAAUAGGCUAUCCUGUAAUGAUUAAAGCAGUUCGUGGAGGAGGUGGCAAGGGAAUGAGAAUUGCACAAUGUGAAGAUGAUUUUUUGGAACAGUUGGAAUCUGCACGUAGAGAGGCAAAAAAGUCCUUCAAUGAUGAUGUUAUGCUGAUUGAGAAGUUUGUUCAAAAUCCAAGGCAUGUAGAAGUUCAAGUGUUUGGGGACCAGCAUGGAAAUGCAGUGUAUUUAUUCGAAAGAGAUUGCAGUGUGCAAAGGAGACACCAGAAAAUUAUUGAAGAAGCUCCAGGGCCAGGAAUUAGUACGGAAGUUAGAAGGAAACUUGGUGAAGCAGCAGUAAGGGCAGCAAAAGCCGUGAAUUACGUGGGUGCAGGAACCGUGGAGUUCAUAAUGGACUCUAAGCAUAAUUUUUACUUUAUGGAAAUGAACACGCGUCUACAAGUUGAGCACCCUGUCACUGAGAUGAUCACAGGAACAGAUUUGGUAGAAUGGCAGCUCCGGGUUGCAGCUGGAGAGAGGAUUCCUAUGACUCAGGAUGAAAUCACCCUCCAGGGUCACGCAUUUGAAGCACGGAUAUAUGCUGAAGAUCCUGAUAAUAACUUUAUGCCUGGAGCAGGUCCCUUGCUGCAUCUUUCUACUCCACUGAGCAAUGAUUUUACUCGCAUUGAAACUGGAGUCAGACAAGGUGAUGAAGUUUCGGUUCACUAUGAUCCCAUGAUAGCCAAACUAGUUGUAUGGGGCGAGGAUCGUCAAGCAGCACUGAUGAAGCUAAAGUACUGCCUUCGCCAGUAUAAUAUUGUUGGCUUGAGUACCAACAUUGAUUUUCUGCUAAGUUUAUCUGGACAUCCAGCCUUUGAAUCAGGAGAUGUACACACAGAUUUUAUUCCCCAGCAUUAUAAUGAGCUCUUCCCACCUAAGAAAUCAACACCUAGAGAAGUACUAUGCCAAGCUGCUCUUGGCCUUAUUCUGAAGGAGAAACUUCUAACCAAGGAGUUCAGUAUAGCGACUGGGGACCCUUUCUCCCCAUUUGCUUUCAGUAAUGGGAGAAGAAUAAAUGUUUCUCACACCAGGAGCCUCAGUUUAUUUGAUGGAGAAAAUAAAUUGGAAUUGAAAAUACAUUAUAACAAUGAUGGAUCAUAUGAUAUACAGAUACAAGAUGAAGUGCUGAAUGUUUCAGGAGAACUUGUCAGUGAGGGAGAUGUCACAUACCUGGAAUGUUCAGUCAAUGGAGUAAUGAGCAAGCCCAAACUAGUUAUUGUGGAUAACACAAUAUAUCUCUUCUCACGGGAAGGCAGUGCACAACUUGGGAUUCCAGUACCAAGAUAUUUGUCAGAUGUCAGCACUACAGGACCACAAGGAGGGGCUGUAGCACCCAUGACAGGAACUAUAGAAAAGGUGUUUGUAAAAGUUGGUGACAAUGUGGAAGUUGGGGACCCUGUCAUGGUUAUGAUUGCUAUGAAAAUGGAGCAUACAAUACGGGCACCUAAACCAGGCACAAUAAAAAAGGUUUACUUUAAGGAGGGUGAGCAAGUCAGCAGGCAUGCUCUACUUGUGGAGUUUGAAGAUGAAGAAUCUGGAUCAGAAUGAUUAUUUUUCUUUUCUUGUGUUUUUACAAGAAAGUAUAAAUAUAAUGUAUAUUUACAAUUCA